AGCCCGACGCAAGAAACAGGAAGCGCGGCAGCUCGUGUCUGAGCGCCCGGCGGAAAACCGAAGUCAGAAGCCUCUCUUAGCAGCACGCGGAGAAGAACGGGGAGCCAGCGUCAUGGCAGAACAGGAUGUGGAAAAUGAUCUUUUGGAUUAUGAUGAAGAAGAAGAGCCCCAGGCUCCUCAAGAGAGCACACCGGCUCCCCCUAAGAAAGACAUCAAGGGAUCCUACGUUUCCAUCCACAGUUCUGGCUUCCGGGACUUUCUGCUGAAGCCGGAGCUCCUGCGGGCCAUCGUGGACUGUGGCUUUGAGCAUCCGUCUGAGGUCCAGCAUGAGUGCAUUCCCCAGGCGAUCCUGGGCAUGGACGUCCUGUGCCAGGCCAAGUCCGGUAUGGGCAAGACGGCGGUCUUCGUGUUGGCCACCCUACAGCAGAUUGAGCCUGUCAACGGACAGGUGACGGUCCUGGUCAUGUGCCACACAAGGGAGCUGGCCUUCCAGAUCAGCAAAGAAUAUGAGCGCUUCUCCAAGUACAUGCCCAGCGUCAAGGUGUCUGUGUUCUUCGGUGGUCUUUCCAUCAAGAAGGAUGAAGAAGUGUUGAAGAAGAACUGUCCCCAUGUCGUGGUGGGGACCCCGGGCCGCAUCCUGGCACUCGUGCGAAAUAGGAGCUUCAGCCUAAAGAAUGUGAAGCACUUUGUGCUGGACGAGUGUGACAAGAUGCUGGAGCAGCUGGACAUGCGGCGGGAUGUGCAGGAGAUCUUCCGCCUGACACCACACGAGAAGCAGUGCAUGAUGUUCAGCGCCACCCUGAGCAAGGACAUCCGGCCUGUGUGCAGGAAGUUCAUGCAGGAUCCCAUGGAGGUGUUUGUGGACGACGAGACCAAGCUCACGCUGCACGGCCUGCAGCAGUACUACGUCAAACUCAAAGACAGUGAGAAGAACCGCAAGCUCUUUGAUCUCCUGGAUGUGCUGGAGUUUAACCAGGUGAUAAUCUUCGUCAAGUCAGUGCAGCGCUGCAUGGCCCUGGCCCAGCUCCUCGUGGAGCAGAACUUCCCGGCCAUCGCCAUCCACCGGGGCAUGGCCCAGGAGGAGCGCCUGUCACGCUAUCAGCAGUUUAAGGAUUUCCAGCGGCGGAUCCUGGUGGCCACCAAUCUGUUUGGCCGGGGGAUGGACAUUGAGCGAGUCAACAUCGUCUUUAACUACGACAUGCCUGAGGACUCGGACACCUACCUGCACCGGGUGGCCCGGGCGGGUCGCUUUGGCACCAAAGGCCUAGCCAUCACUUUUGUGUCUGACGAGAAUGAUGCCAAAAUCCUCAAUGACGUCCAGGACCGGUUUGAAGUUAAUGUGGCAGAACUUCCAGAGGAAAUAGACAUCUCCACAUACAUUGAGCAGAGCCGGUAACCACCAUGUGCCAGAGCCGCCCACCUGGAGCCGCCCGCAUGCAGCUUCACCUCCCCUUUCCAGGCGCCACUGUUGAGAAGCUAGAGAUUGUAUGAGAAUAAACUUGUUAUUAUGGAA